AUGCUCCAGGACCAGGAUGGCUUUGUCCGCCUGCCGCAUGAGCAGCUGAUCUAUACAUCUCCGCCUCGCACCAGCCUCGCACUACAGCCGCUGAGCUCAUCCGGAGGCAAAAACUCAUUUUCCAUCCAAAGCAGUGCUGGUCGAAUCUUCUUAACAAACCAGCGGGUUGUCUAUAUCCCGACACAGAAAUCGCAGACCUUCCAGUCGUUCUCUGCGCCGCUGCUAAAUGUUCACGAUACCCACGUCACUGCGCCGUUCUUUGGGCCAAAUGCCUGGAUCGCCCUGGUCCAGCCCGUAUCGGGAGGCGGCAUCCCUCCAUCCUUGCCUGCUGUACAGGCCAAAGUGACUUUCAAAGAAGGAGGCGCAUUCGACUUCCAUAACCAUUUCGAGCGAAUCAAGGAGCGUCUACAGCAGGCGGUCGAAACCUCGCAAGCAAGCAGUCGCGGAGCCCGGAACGUUGACCUCUCCACGAUUCAUUUGGACGAGCUGCCUGCCUAUUCUGGCCCCUCAAGCAGCGGUGCUGGGGAAGGUCAAGUUAGCCAGGACCAGUGCAUGAGUCCACAGAGUCAGCCUCAUGCAGCAGAGGCGGAUUCCAGCCUAGUGGAGCCACCGCCAGACUAUGAGACGGUUCAGCAGCAAAGCGUGGCGGAUGAAUUGGAGGCAAGACUGCGCCGUGCCAGUUGA